AUGAAGGACGGCACGCGCCCCACCUCGACGACGACCGUCAUUCUCCCCCGCCAUCUCUCGCGCCCCACCUUCAAGCCCGUGCCGCACAGCCGGGUCGCAUCGAUCGAGCCGCAGCUGGCGGACCUCCCGAUCGAAUACAUCCAGGACAAGUUGGCGGAGCUGGGCCCUGACAUGGUGAAGGUCCUCACCAGCGUCGAGGCGUCGACCAGCACGAACACGCUCCCGCGCGAGCUCUCCAUCCUCGUACAAGACCUCGCGAGCGACCUCCCUACACACAUGCUCGCGGUCUAUUCGCGCCAGCCGACCGGCGGCCGUCGCCGCGUCACGAUGUACCCCACGCACUCGAUCGUGUGGGCCGCGAACUGCGCAACGCUCCCGCCUCUCCCGUCCUCACAUCCCAGCGCGCCCGACGCCUCGCCCUCCGCGCGCAUCACCGUCCCCGUCGUCCCGCUCUGCCUGCCCGAUCCCGCGUCCUUCCCGCACCUGUCCUCAUAUAUCUACGCAAAGCGCGUGGACGUGCUCCUCGCCGCCCUCUUCCCCUCGGCGCCGCCCUCCAACCUGCAGGGCAAGGACGCAGCGACCGAGUUCGCGUGGGCACUCGCGCGGGAACACAACACGGCCGCGCUCGUCGACGCGAUGACGAAGGUCCGCGGGUUGUGGCUCAAUGUCUGCGCCCUGGGCAUCUUCGACGACGGCAUGUGGGUCGCCAUCGAUCUCGCAUGGGAGGUGCUCGUCAAUGCCCUCUCGAUCAGCGUCGGCGCGCCCCUCGCCACCGCCUCGCAGGCGGAUGCGCCUUUACGGGCGCAGUUAUGA